UUCAGGGGCUGGAGUGAACCUCACCUGUUGGACUGGCCUUCACACAUGACUCAGGAGCAGAAUGAAUCACAGCUCGUAGCAUACCGAGAGUAGGAGAAAAGGCAGCCUUGACACCGUAGUAAGGUGCUGACGGGUGCUCAGAGGAGACAUCUUCAGACAGCAGAGCUUAAAGAAGAAAUGUAGCUUCCUCUCUGCUGGGAACUGCAUGUUUCUGGCAUUUGCGCACUGAAGAAACACUGACGGCGUGAAGGCGUGAUCCAUCCCAGCUGCACAUACAAAUAUGAAGUUCUUCUGGAUAAUCCCAUUUUUCCUGCUGCAAGACACUGAAGCUUUUCUGAUGAAAAAUGCUAAAGUCAACCUGUGUUUACAAGCCAGCCCGACGAAUGGGAAUUUACUGCUGGAGGACUGUAAUCCAGAGUCAGGUUUCCAGAACUGGUCUUGGCAAGGUGAUUCUUUGAUGAAUCACGGCACACAGAGCUGUCUCUCCGUGGUGGGGGCCAACAGUGUGCAGACAAGUCUCUGCGGCAGCGUGGGCUACACGAGCUGGGACUGCUCAGAUUCACUGCUCUCUCCUCUGGGCAGCAGCCAGGGCUACCUGGUGGCAAACAGGAAAGGAGUUGUUCUCAAAAAUGUAAGAGGCCCCAAGGCCCAAUGGCAAGAUGUUACACAGAGGAGCGUGUGCGAGAAGAAAGCGGCUGAGACAAAGCAAGACAGGUACUUCCCUGCAGCCCUUGCCAGCACACGCGUGUACGACCACACAGCAGGCAACGCGACCCUUGCGCUGGGUAUAGCUCAAGAAGAGCUGGAGGAGCUGCUUUGGUUCUUCCGCAGAGAAGACCCGUCAACGUGGAAUUACUCCGUCCUUGCACUUUCCUUUGUGGCCAUGAUUUUGGGUCUUUUCCUCCUGGGCAUUAACAUUGCGCGAAACAGGAAAAGGAAGAUGCACAUGUACAGAGGAGCGGAGCAAAUCACGCAGCAGGCUGAGCUGGAGGCCAAGCAAGCCCUGAUGCCUGUGCAGGAAUACAGCCCGGCCGAACCACAAAAGCAGGAGCUGGUGCCCCAGGAUCAGAGAUUGGGAGAUGUGGUGGUCCAGUGGAAGGACGGGACGGUCACAUCUCUGUAUGCAGAGAGGUCUGAGGAUGCCAUAUAAUGGCAGCUGAGGUUAAACCAUUUAGGGCCUAAGAAAUGUAUCAGAAUGUCUCAGUUCGUAGUGAUGGAUGUUUAAAAAUGCAGUUUAGCCUGGGGAAAUGAGGAAAAAAGAAAGCAGUGAAGCUGCACCCAUGGCCGUGGCUCUGGACUCGAGGCAAACUCGUGCCUUCCCCAUUUCAUCUCCCAGCUGGCUGGUCUUCACCCGCUGCUCUCUUCUCUCCCCCAGCUUCGCCCCAUCCCACAAACGGGUGGGAGCCGAGCCGGGGCGGGAGGCCGGAGGCCGGAGGCGGGAGGCGGGAGGCUUUUCCUGCAGCCAGCCAGGGAACGUGCCAUCAAGUCCCUCAGGAAAACAGCCACGCUGAAGUGGAGGCGCUUUUGUUCUUUUCAGAAAUUGUCUUUAUUAAAAUACUUUCCAAAGCA